AUGUUUAGUUAGUGUUGAAUGUGGGUGCAGCUGGGCAGUAUCCUGAGUUUAAGGACUCGAAGUGCAGAAAGCAGGGAGGGAGGGAUAUACAGAGCUCUCGGUAUCUAAUUAUCCCUGUAUAGUGUAAAUAUAUCCAGUACUAGUCAGUAUCAACCUAACUUAAACCACAGACAGGAACAAUCUAUUCAACCAUGACGGAGAAUUUACUCCGUACCCUGUUAAUAGCAGAAGAGUUUAGUGCUAAAAUAAAUACCUAGAGCUGGACACAUAUCUGAUCUACAGACUGUAAGGAUGGGGAAUUCCUGUUGUUCCUUCAAACACAACUCAGUCGGCGCAGAGGAUGAGGAUAGUUCGUCUCCACUUCUUCAUGGUGUACUCAGGGUACAUGUUAUUGAGGCCAAGGAUCUCCCGGAUACAGAUAAUUCAUUCUUCAAUAUAUCCAGGGGAGAUCUAACUGAUCCAUACCUGGAGCUGGAGCUAGGACACACGUCCCUCUUGAAAACUUCAGUUAUAAAGAACUGUUUGGAUCCGCACUGGAAUGAGAAGUUCUCCGUACCUGUCUGUCACAAUGCCAAGUUCUUGGUUAUCAAGGUUAGAGAUAGAGAGCAUAUCGGAGCUAACACAGUCGGGCACUUCAAGAUUCCAACAGAAAUUAUCCGUACUGGGGAUAUCAUCACAGGCUGGUACGAUCUAAUCGUAGGCUCGGAUGGAGAAACCCACGGCAAUGUUCACAUUUGGAUUCAAUACGCAGAUAUUGGGCAAAGUAAACCGGAAAAAUUUAUUUACAACUCGUAUUUUGCUCCGGAAUUUAACAAUCAAGUUACAUUGUACCAGGACGCAGAUACUCCCGCUUUAAAAUGUUUUGAAGGAGUCAGUAAUCCUGACGGAACCCAGUAUAUUCCGACUAGAUGUUGGAAGGAUAUAUACAAAACUAUCAACCAGGCAGAGAAACUAAUCUAUAUGACGGGUUGGAGUAUAUUUACUAGUGUACAACUUCUCCGAGGAGAGGAACAAGUUGAUGAUAGUUCAACCAUAGGAGAACUCCUAAAACGUAAAUCUAAGGAAGGCGUAAGGGUUUUAAUCCUUACUUGGAACGAAAAUGAAAUUUUCAAUGGACUGAUGGGAACACAUGACGAGGACACUGUGGAAUAUUUCCAAGGAACUGAAGUGAUCUGUUCAAAUGUUCCCCGUGAGAAGGAGAGCUGGUUGGGUUUAGGAGGAACCUUUGUCUCCACCUGCUACACUCACCACCAGAAAACUAUAAUAGCAGAUACUGCCGGAGAGGGCGGGAAGAGAAGAUUGAUCGCAUAUAUUGGAGGGUUGGAUAUAACAGACGGUAGAUACGAUACUCCAGAGUUUCCUCUUUUUAAAACCCUGUUGACAAACCAUGCAGGAGAUUUCUACUCUAAAUGUAUGCCUGGAGCAAAGAUGAGUAUAGGUCCACGUCAACCCUGGCAUGAUAUCCAUGCAAGGGUUGAGGGUCCUGCAGCUCUCGAUAUUUGUCAAAACUUUAUUGACAGAUGGAAGAAACAAAGCAAGUCUCAAGAAGCCUAUUUGGUUCCACUGGAUGAUGAUUUUGAUCUUAUUUCUCCAGGUCCUUCAACUCCUGAGCAGGGAGGGCCAUGGGUGGCACAAAUCUUCAGAUCUAUAACCUCAGAUUCAACCGAGUUCUCACCAAGCAAAACUAUCCAUCUUCAUAGAAAAUAUGGUCGUUACGUUGAUAAUUCUAUAGAAAAUGGUUACGUAAGCAUCAUCAGGAAUGCUGAAAAAUUUAUCUAUAUAGAAAACCAGUAUUUCCUUGGUUCUGCCUUCUCCUGGUACCGUGAUAGAUCUACGCAAUCUCAACAUCUUAUCCCCAUAGAACUUGCACAGAAAAUAGUAAGCAAGAUAAAGGCCGGGGAAGAGUUUAAGGUCUAUGUUUGUAUACCUAUGUACCCUGAGGGAGAUCCUUCCUCUGACGCUAGCCAAGAGAUUCUGUACUGGCAGUACUGUACGAUGGAAUCUAUGUACAAAAAAAUAGCAAAAGCUCUCGCGACCCAAAAGAAAUCCACUAAACUUCCAACCGAUUAUUUAAACUUUUACUGUCUGGGUAAGCGAGAGUCUAUGGAAGAGGUUCCCAGCUACCUGGAUCCCCCACCUCCAAAUACUCCUGCGGAGAGGUUAAGAAAAACUCUUCGUCAUCCAAUUUACGUUCACUCUAAGCUAAUGAUCGCAGAUGAUGACUAUAUUAUUGUGGGCUCGGCAAAUAUCAAUCAAAGAUCUCUAGGAGGAAACAGAGAUACAGAGAUAUGCAUCGGAGCCUUCCAACCCGAACAUACGGUCGAAUCAGGGAGUACAAGAGGCGGAGUUCAUACAUUUAGAACUGCUCUUUGGUCUGCACAUCUCGGAGGCUUUAAUAAAGAGAUUCUUGAUCCGUCCACAGAUACAUGUCUGAACUAUGUUAGGCGGGUGACGGAGAACUAUAACAAGGUUUACAACAAGGAUUCUCCGGAGCACAGUGAUGUACAUCUCCUCCCCUAUCCUAUCAAGAUUCUGCAGAACGGGAAGGUUAAAUGUAGAAACUAUAAGAGCAAUUUUCCAGAUACUACAGCUCCUGUCCUAGGACGGAGAAGUGGAUAUUUACCAGAGAAAUUAACAACAUAAAGCUUCCUUCCUACUCAUCAAGAUACCUUCAAUAUAUGUAAUCUGUACCUAAAGAAUCUUUUUUAACUUUUUUAAUUGAAAAAUAUAGGAUAUUGUUAUAAUUAACCACUAUAUUUACAUUUUUAUAAUAUAUCUCCGUAGUAUCA